AUGUCCACCGAUGUCGUGCGUGACUCGCCUUCCCCCUCUCCGCACCAGCCGCCCAUGUCGCGCUCGAACUCCAAGCCAAAAGGGAUUUUAAAAAACGCCCCUCCAGCUCAUCCUACAAGCCAACACUUGCAGUGGGAUGAGGAGAACUUAGCGCUUACAGAAGCGCAGAAAGACAGUCAGAUGAAGAUUACUGAGCCCAAAACUCCAUAUGUACGAUACAAUGCAGAAACCGAUACCCUAGAGGGCGAUAUUCCCUCGCUCGAUUUGAACGGCAGAACCGUCAGCCCCAGCGCUAUCUCGCCUGUCCGUGGUAUGUCACCUAGUAGCAGUACGGGAGCGACAGGGGGUGGAUCGACCCCUUCAUCCCGCCGAACAUCCUUCUCAAGCACAGGUCGAACAUCAACGGCAUCUGGACGGCCUGAGAGUGGACGAUCCAGCCGGAGCACCAGUUUUAAUCUCCCUGAUGAUGCGCGAGAAACUAUUAGAUUGGAGGACCGCCAGCCAGGUGAUGAAGUAGAAUUCGAGGAGAUGGACGAAGAGACUGCCGCUAAGCACGCUGCGUUCGUAAGAGCUCGUGGGAGGCAUUACUCUAAUGAAGCUGAAGCUAUGAAGAUGGCUGCGAAGCUGAUGAACGACGAAGAGGAAGACGAGGAUGCCGAGGCUUCUGUGGACCACAGCGUUGAAGAAGAUAGUGCCAUGUCCGUGGAUGAUGAUGCACCGGUCAAGGUCAACGGUGUUGCUCACGAAGUGUAG